UCAUACAUGUUCUGAGAGUGGAUCUGAUAUCUCUAUGGUCAACACACUUGAAAGAGGCUGUGCCCAGGAGUUUGAGAAGAAGGCUCCUUCUGCACAUGAAUCCAUGUGCCCCGUGCCUUCUGCAUAUGAAUCUGCACGACCUAUACCUUCUGCACAUGAAUCCACACGACCUGUACCUUCUGCACAUGAAUCCACACGACCUGUACCUUCUGCACAUGAAUCCACACGACCUGUACCUAGAAGCUCUUCAAGAAAUGACAUUGGUCAGGGACAUCAGGGUUAUGCCUCUUCAGGGGCUGCUUUUAGCUCAUCAACCUCAGUAAAAUUUCUCUGCAGCUUUGGGGGUAAAAUUUUGCACCGACCUAGGGAUGGGAAACUUAGAUAUGUUGGAGGUGAAACACAUAUAAUUCGGAUAAGCAGGGAUAUUUCUUGGCAAGAGCUUGUUCAAAAAGCAUUGGCAAUUUGUGACCAAGCUCAUACAAUAAAGUAUCAGCUCCCUGGUGAAGAUCUUGAUGCUUUGGUUUCUGUAUCUUCUGAUGAGGAUCUGCAAAACAUGAUGGAGGAAUGCAGUGUACCAGAUAAUGGAGGAUCACUAAAACCCAGGAUCUUCUUGUUUUCUAGUAGUGAUUUAGAGGAUGCUCAAUAUGUUUUGUCAGAUAUGGAGGGUGAUUCAGAGUUACAGUAUGUACUUGCUGUGAAUGGUAUGGACCUAGACUCUAGAGGAAACUCAGUCAAUCUGGAAAAUUUGGAUGAGUUAUUCAGUUUAAAUGUUGAAAGGGAGGCAGAUCGAGCUGGUGCUGAAACAACUGGUGCUAGUACUGCAGCUUUGUUAGCUAACACACUGUCACCAAUUAUUCAAUCUUCUCAACCAUUUUUGGCAAGUUCAUCUAGUGCUUGUGAAUCUAGUUCGCAGGCAUACAUUGAACCGAGGCUGCAUUAUGGAGAAGCUGGCCAGAAACUGGCAUCUGCUACCCAGGUAGAUGGGAAAAGCAACAUUCUAAUGUCUGCUCCAUUGCAAUAUGGUCAUGGUUCUCAGCUUUCUAACCAUGUUACAUCUGGAGAAACUUUAGUCUCAUAUCCCCUCCAUGGGCAAGAUGCAGAAGUCAAAGUAAAGGAGGUGAAACUAAAAAGAGAUAGCUCAGCCCCCAAAAUAAAUGAGCCUGAAAAGGUUCGAUCCCUGGAUAAGCCUCCAAUUGUAAAGAUAAAAAGAGAUGCGUCAAUGCCAAAGAUUAAUGAGACUGAUAGAAUUUGUAUGUCAGAAGCAGAGUAUGCUGUUCCUUCACAUGUAUGUAAUGGUUCUGUGUCAAAUUAUAUUUCUAGGGAAGAAGCAUUAGUUCCCAAUUCAGCAUCUGAUGUUAGCUCAACUAUGUUGCCUACAAAAAGCUUAAGGAAACCCCAAGAACCUUUACAGAAUCCAGCAAUCCCAGAGGUCAAAAGUGAAGGAAGAAAGAACAAUGAAGACGAUCUCUUUUAUACACCCAGUAGAGCUUUUACAUCUGGAGGUGCUGGUUCUCAGGCCGAUCCCACUGACUGUACCUACCUUGAGCCGUCUGUGGUUCCUCAAAGGGUUUUUCAUUCAGAGAGAAUCCCCAGGGAGCAGGCAGAAAUGAAUCGUUUGUCAAAGUCUGAUGAUUCCUUUGGUCCUCAGUUUCUAAUGACUCAAACUGAUUGUUCUCAAUCAAUCACAGAAUCAGUUGACAAAGUUUAUGAUAGUAAUAUGGCUUCUGAAGUUGAGCAGUCCAUCACUCCCGUGAAACCAAUUUCUGCUAAUCCUCAGAUGGUUAUAGAUAGACUGGCACAAUUUGAAAAAUAUAGAGACUUUUCUGAAAUCAGUAAAGUGAAUCCUGUUCCUGAGGAAGGGCUUGAGUCGAAUUUGAAAUCUGAACUAAAUCAUGUAGCAGUUAAUUCCAUGGCUGGCCAUGAAAAGGGAUGGGACAAAGGAAACUAUGGUGAUUGUUCUUCUGAUAAAGAGGCAGCUGGGUUAAAUCCUCUGACAGCUGGUGAAGGGACUUCUAUCAAGCACCUUGAGGAUCCUUCUUUGAGGCAAUCAGAAUUUGACUGGGUUAAGAUGGAUGACAACAAGAAUGAUGGGCAUAAUGCCAAGGGGCAUGAACAGCCUUUGUCAUGGACUGAGAACCCAGUUCAAGCUGUGUCCCCUGGAGAGUCUGCUGUUCCUGUUCGCACCCCAGAGCUGGGAAACAUAGUUAUUGACAUCAAUGACCGUUUCCCUCGGCAUGUUUUGUCUGAGAUAUCCUUACAAGUAAGAAUGUCUCAGAACCUCUCUGGUAUCAGUCCUUUCCAUGGUGAUGGAAAUGGAUUGAGUGUAAACAUGGAGAAUCAUGAACCUAAACAUUGGUCAUACUUCCGUAAGUUGGCUCAAGAUGAGUUUGUAAGAAAGGAUGUUUCCCUAAUGGAUCAGGAUCAUCUGGGUUUCUCAUCCCCACUAGCAAAUGUUGAAGAUAGGGCUCCCAUUGAUUAUAGCUAUCCACCUUUGAACUCUGGUGGAGUUGUCUUAGGUCAUAGUGACUCACAUAUAAAUUUUGAAGAGGAUGUGAGGCAGGAAUCUGCUGGUGUCACUGUAGCCAACACCAUGGGUUUAAAUCCAGAUUACAGUCAGUCUCAGCGGAAGGGUGAUGAAAGUGCACAGGUAGACAGGGUGAACUCUAAAGUACUGGAAUCAGAGUAUGAGGAUGGGAACUUGAAUACCCAAAAUGCUGGUGCAACUCUUCCGGAUCUUCUGUUGGGAGAUUUUGACAUCAGUACCUUGCAGAUAAUAAAGAACGAAGAUCUAGAAGAGCUCAGGGAAUUAGGUUCUGGUACAUUUGGGACUGUCUACCAUGGGAAAUGGAAAGGGACUGAUGUUGCUAUUAAGAGAAUAAAAAAGAGUUGUUUCACUGGUCGUUCAUCAGAGCAAGAAAGAUUGACUGUGGAGUUCUGGCGUGAAGCGGAAAUCCUUUCAAAGCUUCAUCAUCCCAAUGUGGUGGCAUUUUAUGGCGUAGUGCAGGAUGGACCAGGUGGAACACUUGCCACUGUCGCGGAAUACAUGGUUAAUGGCUCUCUUAGACAUGUUUUGCUCAGCAAGGACAAGCAUCUUGAUCGUCGUAAGCGGCUCAUUAUCGCUAUGGAUGCAGCAUUUGGAAUGGAAUAUUUGCAUUCAAAGAAUAUUGUGCAUUUUGAUUUGAAAUGUGACAACUUGCUUGUCAACUUGAAGGACCCUGCACGGCCAAUUUGCAAGGUUGCUGAUUUUGGAUUAUCGAAAAUAAAAAGAAAUACAUUGGUCACUGGUGGUGUGAGGGGAACUCUCCCAUGGAUGGCUCCAGAACUCUUGAAUGGUGGCAGUAGUAAGGUUUCUGAGAAGGUAUGUUUGGACUUUUGAUCACUUGCAGAGGCUGUAGGUCUAAUGUGAAAAUUGGCUUUAAGCAAUGGAGGUUGGUAUGAUGUUGUUCUUAUUUCUCACUAAAGCCCAGGGAUUCUGUGUACAUAAGCUGGUUUCAAUCAAGCUAACUGGUCUUUGUAGUUUGCAUAAUUAAAUGAGUCUUGUUGGCUGAAUCUUUUGUUUUCUACAAUUUCUUUUUGUCAAUCACCGGCAAUUUGUUUAUGCAAAUAUUACUAACCUGGUUUAUUCCUUGGAAGGUGGAUGUGUUUUCUUUUGGUAUUGUUCUAUGGGAGAUUCUCACUGGCGAGGAGCCUUAUGCUAAUAUGCAUUAUGGCGCAAUAAUAGGGGGCAUUGUCAGCAACACACUAAGGCCACCUCUUUCAAAUUACUGUGACCCUGAGUGGAGAUUAUUGAUGGAGCAGUGUUGGGCUCCUGAUCCUGUGACUCGCCCAUCAUUCACUGAGAUUGCUAGACGCCUGCGCGAGAUGUCCAGAGCCUCGCAAACAAAAUCACAAGGUCAUAUGCCACAGAACCAAGUGCCCAAGUGACGGCACUCCUUUUUCCCAUAUCUUGCUGCCCUUAUUGUGAAAUACAACCAUAGUUGUUUAUUCUUAAUACUAUUCUCCAUCAAGGUCAUGUGUAUAAUAUGAGUACAGAAGAGAUCCCAUUUGAGGGAUCAAAUAUGAAUGUGUUUCGUAGGACUGAAGAAAUUGGUUUUUGUAUAAAGCUACUAUUUUUUGUGUUAAUGGUAGAUAUAAACUGUGUUUUUGGGCUUGCAACAACUGAAAGUUUGUAACCACCAAGGUUGGAUUCGUUAAUGUAAUAUCCUUAAACGCGAAAACAAAAGAAAGUUUAAUUUCCUGAGUGAUGUAGGGAAUGCUCUUAUGACCAUCCGAAUAAUAAUAAAUGCUCUUAUGACCA